ACUUUUUAUACCUCCAAACCUUUUAUAGAUACCUCGAUCCAACUUUUUCUAUCUACCCCAAUUUAAGACAGCAACUGUCUCAUCUUCUCCAGACUCCAGGCAUGUAUAAGGCAAAUGUAAGAAAACAAAUUCUGGAGAAGAACAACAUUUCAAUCAAGGAAAAAGAGAAGCCAAUAAGUAGUACUCAAGGGCUCUUCUCUAAACACCUCAAGAGAGUUUAUCCAAUUGGGCUACAUCGAAGCACUUCCUCCCUAUCCUUAUCAUCAGUCUCAUUAUCUUUGUCACAGAACUCAAAUGAUUCUUCUCUCACAGAUUCUUCAGCUGUUCCAUUGGAACAGAAGAUAUCCUUGGCACUUCGUCUAAUUUCUCCACUGGAAAGAAGAGAAGUCCCGGUGGCUAGAAACUUCCAGCCACAGCAGCAGCAGCAGCAGCAGAAUCAGGAUUCUAACGAUGGGGAGGUGAAGAGGUGCAACUGGAUUACAAAGAACAGUGAUAAAGUUUAUGUGGCAUUUCAUGAUGAAUGCUGGGGAGUUCCAGUUUACGACGAUAAUCAAUUGUUCGAGCUGCUUGCGUUGUCUGGUAUGCUGAUGGACUAUAAUUGGACAGAGAUUUUGAAAAGAAAGGAACUAUUCAGAGAAGCUUUCGAGGGAUUCGAUCCGAAUAUUGUAGCGAAAAUGGGUGAGAAAGAAAUCAUGGAGAUAGCCUCAAACAAGGCAAUCAUAUUGGCUGAGAGCAGAGUGAGGUGCAUAGUGGACAAUUCCAAAUGCAUACUGAAGAUUGCAAGGGAAUUUGGAUCUUUUAGUAAUUACAUGUGGGGUAAUGUGAAUUUCAAACCCACAAUCAACAGAUACAAAUAUCCAAGAAAUGUUCCUUUAAGGUCUCCAAAAGCAGAAGCCAUUAGCAAGGAUCUACUCAAGCGUGGAUUUAGAUUCGUCGGACCAGUGAUUGUGUACUCAUUCAUGCAAGCAGCAGGGUUGACAAUCGAUCAUCUUGUCGAUUGUUUUAGGUAUAGUGAAUGUGUAAGCCUCGCAGAAAGACCAUGGAGGCAUAUCUAAUAUAUUGUCAGGAGUCAGAAGGUGUAAAUAGAAGAUUAAUGCCCUUCUUCAUUAAGCAUAACUCUUAACACUGAAGUUAUGCAUCAAAAUUAAAUUAUAGCCACGAAAUAGGAUUGCAUAACCCCCCACCACCACCACCACCCCUUUUUUCCUUGGACAUUGACAAGUGAUUUGCUCUGUUAUUUGCCUUCAUUUCUGUGACUGUCAUGGAUGAAUAAGACUAAAUGCUUGUGAUUUUUUUCUA